AUGUUGAUCGUGGAAGGCAUGAAAGCGUACUGGACCGCUGCAGGACGGAAACCUGGCAACCUCGAAGCGCUGUGGGACUACGAAAAGGGCAUUGGAAGGUGCGUCCAACCAGCAGUCGUAGUGUCCGAUCGGUACUGUUGGUGGAGUUUUGGCACCGUGGAUUCAGCCAAGUAUGAGAAGUAUGACUAUCAGUAUGACCGUCAGUAUGACCGUCAGCUACCUUUGGUCAUCUUUGGUCAUCUUUGGUCUGUGCAAAGAGUACUCGAUCCCUGGGUGCAGGCCUUUGCCAUGGCAUCCCAGGGAGCCACCUUGCAGAACUACAACAACGAGCUGGUGAAGUCAAUUGAAGACCUGCGUGAGAAGCGAGAGGAGCUGAAUCGCCAAAUCCUGAAGGAAGAAGAGGACAAGGCAAAGAUUCAGAAGGAACUCUCCAUCUUGACAGACCGUUUGCAAAAGGUGAACGAGAGUCUGGUGCGCAAGACCCAGGCCCGCAACGAGUAUGACAAGACCAUCCAGGAGACCGAGGCUGCCUACAUGAAGAUCUUGGAGUCUUCCCAGACCUUGCUCCAUGUGCUGAAGCGCGAGACGGUGAACCUGACCAAGAAGAAGCAAGGAUCAGAUUGA